AAAGUUUAAACAAGUAAAAAAGAAAAGAAAAAAAAUGAGAUUCACCAUGUUAAUCCGCCUUCUCAAAAAUGUCUUUAAGUCCGUCAUCCUCACGACCCUCUUUGUCUUCCUUAUACACCAAUUAACACAGGAUCACGUGACCCCAGAAUCUUCUCCGACGAUAAGAUAUUGGGAUCGGAACGCAUUAAAGGUCAAAGGGAGAUAUUCAGGUUUUCUCUUACCUUAUAUCGUGACGCCCCUGUUGGGAGAGUCGCUUCAGGAAGGGAAACUGAAGGAAAUUUAUCCUACGAGCGAGCUAAGUUUCCUCGCUUCUGAAAUUCGGUUUCCUGUUAACGUCGUGAAGGACUAUGUCAAGGGAACCACUCCGCCUUACAACAUCAAACGAGCGAGCGGCGAUUCAUCCUCCGCCGCGUUAGUAAACCGAAAACUAACGAAGGUCAAGGACUAUUUCGACUACCUGCAGCAUCCCAGACUAAAGUGUAGGAAACUGAAGAGAAUGGGCGGCACCUUCUCUUGCGAUGGCCAGGGAGAUGAGGACGGGAUGGACGGGCAUAAGUACGUGUGUAUGGACCCCAGCCUCGAACUUGGGGGGACAAAAGACCCCGCGUCCUGCCUUACGUUGUCUUAUGGGGUUCACAGAGAUUCUUCCUUUGACGGAGAUGUUGCAGAGUUGCAGUGCGAAGUUCAUAUGUUUGAUGUUCUCAACUUCAAUCCUCUUUUGGCCCACGAAGUUGAGCAUGUUCACUUCCAUUUGGAGGGCCUGGCUCGCAAAAAAAUCGUCACCUUUUAUCCCAACCUCAACAUCAGCGUCGAUAUGGACGACAUCGUCGGACAUAUGCUCAAGUAUAAACUCGACCCUCGGGCUAUAAACAUCCUGAAGAUUGACAUUGAAGGAUCGGAGUGGGAUGCCCUUGCAGACGUGACAACUAAAGAAGGAUUGAAAAUACUUGAGCUCGUUGGCCAGAUCGCUAUUGAGUUACACGUCGUGGACUUGGUAAAUGGAGUGAACUUUGACCGGAAGACUCCUGACCAAUGGCUGGACGUUUUACAAGAGCGCUUCGACAUUCUCAUGGGCUUGGAGGACAUGGGCUUCCGACCGGCGGUGUACUGGGACAACGUUCAAGACAAGUACGCGCUUCACGACGAGGCCGGCGUGCGCUACGAGACAGCUGGCGAGAUACUCUUCGUCAACACUAAUUGGUACAACGAGACUUUUAAGCGAGUGUUGGUAGAGGAAGGGGUUAAGUUCCGUGGUGGGUAA